AUGGCCGGAGAGGGCAGAGAGCUCAGCACCAGGAUGUCCACAGAAACUCAGAACAUGGAAGAAAGGCUUGCCUUUGAGACUGUAUUCAGGCACUUCAAAAGACAUAAAGUGGAGAUUUCAACUGCAAUUAAAAAGACAUUUCCUUUCUUUGAGUGCCUUCGUGACCGUGAACUCAUCACCAAUAAAAUGUAUGAAGACUGUCAAGAUUCUUGUAGAAACCUGGUCCCUGUACCAAAAGUGGUGUACAAUGUUCUCAGUGAGCUGGAGAAGACAUUUAACAAUUCACUUCUGGAAGCAUUGUUCAGCGACGCCAACAUGCAGGAAUAUCCUGAUUUAAAUCAUGUUCGUCAAAGCUUUGAAAAAGCAAUCCAAGAAAGACUUAGUUAUGAAGAGAUCGAUGGAGAAGAGAGGGAGGAGAGGCCUGCCAUCCAACUGAGCCUUGAGCAAGGAACUUCUGGAGGCCUGACUUGGUCUGGGGGAGAAUCCUCAUCUUAUGACGGUCUUGACCUUGGGGCUUCGAUGUCAUGUCUGGCAGAGGCCAGUGCUACAACCAGAGUGGUGGAAGAAGCAAGUACAGCCUCCCCUGAAAAUAGACUCUCAGAUCACCUCAGUGAAACAGAAGAGAUAAAUGCAAAGAGGAACGAUACACCCAGCAACCAGAACGAUGCACUGGAAAGUCAACAAGCAAAUGAACAAUGUGACCAAGAAUCUGAAUCAUCAGAGUUCUGUGAAGCAGCACCUAUCCAAUCAAAUAAUGCAGAUGCUGGGGAGGAGACACCCAACCCAUUGCCUUCUAACAAAGAAAGAGCAAAGCCAUACAACCAUGGACUACAAAUCAAUUCCUGUUCUGUCCGUCUAGUGGAUAUAAAGAAGGAAAAGCCAUUUUUUAACUCAGAAGUUCAACUGAAAGCCCAAGCAAGGACUCACUAUAACCAGGUGUCUGACAUAAUAGUGAUCAGCAGUGAGGACUCUGCAGAAUCCAGUGAUGGAGAUGAGUGCUCAGAACCCUCCACGUCAACACCAGGAAGGAUAACUGAUCCGUCAGCCACUGGAAGCAUGUCUAUUUUCAGAAUGAACAGUAGGAAGAGACGGAUGAGAAGUGGUGACUCUACAGACUUGAGUAACGAAGGAGAACCUCAGGCAACAUCUAGUUCAGCCCUAAGAAAUGGGUCAGAUUCCAUGGAUAUUGGAAGCAAUUCUACUUUGGGAAAACACAGUGGGAAAAGAAGGAGAGAAACAGUCUGCACUGAGUCUUUGAAAACAGGCAGAAAAAGAGGUCCAAGAGCUCUCAGAGAUACAAAUGUGGAUUUUCAAAGUGAGCAGCUUCCUGUGACUUGUGGUAAAGCGACGGGGACUUUAUACAAGGAGAAAAUGAAAAAAGGCUCCUCAGAAAAGUGUAUAAAGGAUGAGAAUGGAAUGUGGCACACCCUCAGGGAGUUUGAAAAACUAGGAGGCCUUGAACGCUCCAGGAACUGGAAGAAGAGUGUGCGCUGUUGUGGACAGACCCUGGAAAAAUUGAUUCAGGAAGGACGCCUACCAAACCCACCAAGAAAAAGGAAAAAGCCAGAAAACUCAAAAAAAUGCGAGGUGUGCGGUAAAAAGAACAAGCUGUUAUCCUGCGAUACGUGUCCAAGGUUCUUUCAUGGGAACUGCCACAUUCCACGGAAAGUUGCUACCAAGAACCCAUGGAGUUGCACCUUCUGCCAGAUAGAGGAUCUUAAGAAAUGUUGCUCAGAAAGCCAGCCAAUUUAUCAAGAAUCUGAGAUCCUACAGAAGCAGAUGGUGCCUAGAGAGCAGUUGAAAUGUGAAUUUCUCCUCUUGAAGCUCUAUUGCUCUCCAAAAAGCUCCUUUUUUGUCUCAGAACCACACUAUACUACAGUCACUUCUCGGGACAUUAAGGAGCCCAUGUGGUUAAAGAAAAUCAAGAAAAAGCUGUCAAUGACCUUGUACCGCACGGUGCGGGAGUUUAUGCGGGAUGUUCGCCUCAUUUUCCAGAACCACAAGGUAGUUUACAGGAACAAAAAUUUCAUCAAUCUGGGACUUCAACUAGAGGUCCAAUUUGAGGACGAUUUCAAAGACAUUUUUGGCAUCCAGGAAAUAAGUACAAACAGCACUUAG